GCACACAUCAAUGGAGCAUUUAGGUGGAGUUCCUGACCUGCACAUUUCUGCCGCCUACAAGUUACUUUCCACACAGCUGCGCAACACAAUCGCGGAGCUUAGUCGCAUGUUCUGAUGAUUUUAAACGACUUCAGUCGCAUAUCAAUCCUUCUUGUGCGCUAGUUUGUACCUUCAGGGCACCGGGAAUAGGGCGUUCUCAGCAUAACCCAUCGGCUGUGACGUCCCCUUACGGCUUUCCGGAGGCGAAUCGUCAUGUUGUCAAAAGGAUUGAAAAAAUUUAAGGAGCGCAUCUUCAGCGCCAGCCGCAAAGAGGAGAGUUCCUCAGAGGCAGACUACAGUGAAGUCCCUGAGUCUCCUGGGAGUCACUUUGGUGGGACUCCAUCCUCUCGCAAGUUUUCUUCUGUACGAAGCAAGAACAACAGCCAUGCUGAACGCGGGCCGCCCGAGGUGCUGGCGACCAGCGCUUCGCGGAGUAACAUGUCCAUAGGUCACGGGCCCGCAAUGCUCGCGCUGAGGGAAUCUCCUAUGCUAAGCGACCACAGCUCAUCGCCCUCUGGCGGAACAGUGUUGCCACCGGUGCAAAUCAAUUGCGCCGAAAGCAGCUUCACCUCCAAGGCCCCGCCGACGCCAAAUUUGGCAUCCAUGCUCAGUGCCACCUCUGGCAGACGCAAGUCAACGCCCGCGGCCCUCGACAUGGUCCUGCGGAGUGCAGAAGGCAAGGUAGCCGUGGAGCAGCUGCUGCAGCCUGGCCAAAACAAGCUCGUAUUCGGUAACUAUUUUGCCGGCACAAGUGCAGCAGCCCGCGACCAAGCAGCCGCCGUGGCAGCAGCCGAAAAGCAGCGAGCCGCCAAGGCCUUGGGCACAGCCACCACUCCUCUAGCGCCGCGUCCGCCGCCUGGGCAGCCCCCAAGCAUGACCAUACCAGCACACAAGCCGCCCUCCACGCUACCAUCCCUGCAGAUGCACUCCAGCCAGGACAUUCCGAUGGCAACGGUGCUCGAGGAUGUUGCCAUGGACGACAUGGUGCCCCAGCGCGCCGCCCCCAGCAGCACCAGGAAGCACCCGGCUGACAGCCCCAGCUCCCUGCAGCAGCUGUCCUUCACGGGGGGCGGCGUUCACAAGCUGUCGCAAACCCUGCAAGGACGGAUGUCCCAGUCAUUCUCCUCGCCAAGGCGCUCCCAGCAUCAGCUGCAAGUGCAGCAACAGCAACCGCAGCAACAGCAGCAGCAACACUAUCAGCCACAGCCACCGCCGUUCCCGCCGCAACAGCAGCACCAGCAGCAGCAUGUACUGCCUUCACCGCUGCUCCAGCGCCGGCCGUCACUGUCGUUGGUGCCGUCGCAGUCUCAGCAGCCCCAGCAGCAGCAGCCACAGCAGCACCUGGCGCAGUCGCAGCCCAUUAUAAGGCCCAUUUCUCCUCAGAAGUCACUGCCACGACCCAUAUCGCCGGUGCUGGCCCAGUCACAGCCACUGCCCCAGUCGCCGCAGCAGCACCAGCAUCAGCCCUCCCCGCUGGGUGCUGCUUCGACAUCCCUGCUUCCGUCGCGACCGUCCCAGCAGCAGCAACAGCAGCAGCAACAGCAACAGCAACAGCAGCAGCAGCAGCAACAGCAGCAGCAACAACAACAGCAGCAACAACAACAGCAGCAGCAGCCCAGCGCGGCGGAGGAGGCUGCCGGCAAGGCCCCCAGCCGGCUGGUGUCCCUCUCGCCGCAGCUCCCCGCGGCCAUGCAGCGCAAGUACUGGUCGCUCGCGGACUACAACAUCAUCCGCAAAAUGUACACCGGCUACGCAUCCACGGUGUAUCAGGCCAUGUGCAAGAAAUCGCUGGAGAUGGUUGCGCUCAAGGUGUACCACAUGCAGAACCUGUGCGAGCUGAACCACUACCAGGUGUUCCGGGAGAUCCGGGUGCACAGCAGCCUGCAGCACCAGAACAUCAUCCACCUCUUUGCCGCCUUCCAGGAGGGCACGGACGUUGUGUUGGUGCAGGAAUACGCUGAGGGCGGCGACCUGUACCGGCUGCUGCACAAGAACGGCGGGCGGCUGUCGGAGCGGCAGGCGGUGGAGAUGGUGCUGCACCCCUUCCUGCUGGCGCUGCACUACCUGCACACGAGGGGCAUCAUGCACAGGGACAUCAAGCCUGAGAACGUGUUGUUCACGGAGCACCGAGUGCUCAAGCUGGCGGACUUUGGGCUGGCGAUCGACCUGAAUGAGGAGCGCGCGGUGACACGUGCAGGCACCCUGGACUACAUGGCCCCGGAGGUGCUGCGCUGCCCGCCCAAGAACCUGCCGCAGGAGAACAAGAACAACCCCUACCUGCAUUACAACAACUCGGUGGACGCAUGGGCGGUGGGCGUGUUUGCGUACGAGCUUAUCGUCGGCUUUCCGCCGUUUGCGGGCGAAACCCAGUUGGACAGUGUGGACCGCAUCAUGCACUCGGUCCCCGAGUUCCCCGCCAAGAUCUCCGAGUUCGCCAAGGACUUCAUCUGCCAGUGCCUGCGCAAGCACCCGGGGGACCGGCCCACCGUCAUGGAGCUGCUGCACCACCCCUGGGUGCGGACCUUCCAGCGCCGAACCUCCAUGCGCAUCAACGCCAUGCCCCGGCGGCGCAGCAGCGUCGUGUACAACCCCAGCUCGCUCUCUCACAUCCCGAUGGCCGUGCCGCCGCAAGAAGGCGGGGGCGGCUACGGAGCAGCUGCGCAGGAGGCGGAUUACGAGGGCGUGGAGGGUGUGGUGCCCAUGGAUACGGACAUGAGCGAGAUGACGCCCGCGCAGAUUGAGCAGAUGAUUCUCAGGCUGCAGGUGGCCAAGGCGCAGGCCCUCGCCAAGACCGACUCGGACCGCCCCUCUGGCGACAUAGUCAUGCAGGCCGUGCAUCCCCUGCACAUCUGACAGUUGCAGCGCAACAAGAAGAUCAAGAACCACAACAACGAUGCUUCUACAACCUCUCAUGAUUAUGACCAUGAUAAUGAGCUCUGAGCUCUGAAUCCCCUCUGAAACUCCUUUCUCCUUGAGCUGUUAAAUCCCGCUGAGCCCUUCGCCAUGGUCCCUUACUAUCUAUGUCCUGUCCGUCUGCCCCUGUGUUGUGCGGUGCGAUGCCGCCACAUGUGGGGGCGUUGACGUUUGCAGGCGUGGCCGCUGAGUCUGGCGGCGAUUGAUGCCUGCGGCGGUGUGCUGCUGAAAAGCCCCGCGACAGUAUUACGUACAGGUUGCCAGGGGGCCACGGCGCGUGUGCCUCGCGGCAAGGUCAGGUCAACGUUUAGUGGCUUACAGCUUCUAACGUCGCGUCCGGACAGCCCUGUGCAUGGGAGUUGCCCUUUCAAGGGUCACAAGGUGUCCUUCGGGGACUGUACUUGAUUGUUGUUCUUUUCUGGAGUUUUGGAACGCGUUGGCGGCACACCGCGGCGCAAGCGGUGGUCUCGGUAUGUAAACCAUCUUGGCCGUAAUAAACAAACGGUUGGGAGCAUGCGGUACACAAGACAUGGCCGGAUGAUGUCUGGCUGUGGUGGAAGGAUUGUAUAUGGAAGCGCCGUGCGUGUUGGGUAUCGUCUUAGCAUCGAUGGUUACAUACCAAAGGUGGCAAAGGGGCGGCUUGGCUGACGGCGGGUUGUGUCGAUUGCAGUCAAGUAAUUUGGUUGGUGGCCGGUCUGCUUUUGUUGUCGUAUCAUGUGUCGUAUGCGUGUUGGAUGAUGUUAAAAGGCUUUAAGAGGUAGGAGUUGUUUAAGAGGUAAUGGUGGGGUGGGUGGCAGGGAGCAGCUUAAGAAACCGUGGUAUGGCGGGAUGAAAGCAAGAACUUGUAGCAGGCGUCAGCAUUCGCACGAGUGGUGCGUACACACACGAGCAGAGGACCUUCAACCCGCCUGCUGUGAUCCGCGUCCCACACACGAAUGCCAGUGUGACACUUCCUAAGGACUUGCCGAGAUGCAUGUGUUCCUGUAUGUGUCAGGCAGUGCUACGGUCAGCAUCAGUAGUCUGGGUGUGUCUUACCGUAUCAUUUAAUGCUACAGUGUGUGUAUGUGUGUGUCUGCUGUACAAUGAAAAUGGGGGUUGCUGCAAUCGCGGGCACCCGCAGGUGGUGCUCGGGGCCUUAAGGGCCCAUUUUGUGGACUGGGACGUUUUGGUUUCCGUACAUGAAAGGGAAAGGUGCCACGGCUGUGAAUCCUCUUUACGCGAGAGCAGGAACGCUUCUCGUGAUGCCUGAUGCGCCCCACAGCUACCGGCAUAACGGAUGGUUGGCUGUAAAGUGCCCCCAGGGGGGCGCAGAAGUGGUAUUGCCUAAAGGGGCGACACAUAGGUUCCUUUAGGGGUGAUGGAGAAACACCCCGAGUAUUGCGGGGGUUUGUUGGCAGCGCCGCAACGUUAAUAAGGAGGGUUGCCGAAGUGGGGCCGCCGGUGUUGCACCGACUUUCGAUUGCAGAAUACCGGACGAAGUGUUUGGGGCUUUAGUUGGCCGGCGACUCUCACUGUAUUGCGUUUUGCGUCAGUAUCUAGAGAGGACGAUGCAUUCCCGCAAGGGAUGUCUACUACUACGUUUUGUACGUGUUCCGUCACGCCUUUCAUUGACGGACAACUGUCAAUAAAGGAGCGGUUGCGCCGAUGGGGCGCAGGGCAGGACGCCUCCCAUGGAAGUUGGUUUGGACAGGUUCCAGCCUUGCCAGGUCGCAGCAGGUGAGAGAGCCGAAACGCGCCUUCCUAAGGCAUUUGUGUAUCUGCUGUGGUGGUGUAGUUGUUGCGGUGGUGUAAUGGCGAUGGCGGGUAUGUUGACAAGACGUCUUGGUACCUGUGGUGUCCUCGCUUUUGUCGACGUGUUUUUCAAAACAGUGCAGUGUGGCUUCUUUCCGUCAAGAACACUAUGAUGCCGUUUGUGGCGCCUGGCAGUUGUUUUGUGUGAAAGGACACCGGCAAAGGCGCUCCACAGACGUUAUAAACGAAUGCAAUGUGCGCAUGCAUGCAAUCCCUUAAGAUCACGGGAUCUCUCCGUACGCAGCUGCACUCCCCGGUCUGGGCAGCACUGCAAUCAUUCAUGAGUAAUUGUCACAAUGGUGCCC